ACAGCACCUUUUUUGCGAGUGCAUAACAACGCCGUGUCAGACGUGCCUACUCCUCUCGACAACAUGCAGCCACGAUGACACCGAACCAUGUGACAAUAGAAGCGGCGCAUCCUGAUAUGGGAAGGUGAACUUGGCUCGAUCUUGGGCCGCCUCAUGCAUUCGCGGCUGAUCUGCCCUCAACCAUGCUCGAGUCCCGCCCUCGCAAGAGACACUCACUACUCUUCUCUAUUCAUUCCAUGCCCUGAACUUAGCACAUUGAUACCUAUCGCUCUUGGAGCAGUGGCUUCCCAUCACUAAACACAUAACAUUGACAGCUGCUGUCCCAGCUAUCAGACUACCGUCGGUGCAUGUAGUGCGCGCAGCGCUCCGUACAGGUCAAGCUCACAAUGCCUCGAAGGAUAUCUUUGAGGCGGUUAUGCGCAGUUGCAAGCAUGUCUCUGAGCAACUUUACGAUCACUACAGUUGUGGCGCAGACUGCAGACCAGCCAUUGCCAGACGCACAUACACGGGUCUAUGAGACAAGCGACCAGAACAUACCUCAAACGCACCUUCGCACCCUUCACACAGCAAACAACGCCUCAGUACUCAAAGCGCCCUCAUUUUCGCCCUUCACGACCAACAUACUUCAAGACCUGCACAAUGGCCUCGAGACAAUGCAAAGCUCCUACUUCUCAAUAUGGUUGGGAAAGUACACGACCGCAAUCGACUGGACCGCUGCUGUCAUGGCAACCCAUGUCUCAGCAACCUUGGCCUCGCUCUCGCGCUCACUCACUUACACGAUGCCUGGAACCUUCGACAAGUCCAAGAACCUCGAUGUCGAGGCGCAAAUGGUUGAAAAUGAGAUCAACAAGUACUUCGGGCAGAUUGCGACGUACUACUUUGGCGAAGACCACUUUGCGAUAAGAAUGCAAGCAUACGAUGACAUACUUUGGGUUGUGUUGGGUUGGCUUGAGAGUAUACAGUUCAUUGAGGGUCAUUCCACUGGACAUUACGCUUCUGGCUCGCAGGGAGACGCCAUGAUCCCUGAAUGGCAUGCCCGCCAAUUCAUCCCUGCCUUUGCCCACCGUGCGCGAGUCUUCUACGAACUCGCUGAGAAGGGCUGGGACUGGCGCCUUUGUGGCGGAGGAAUGACGUGGAAUCCACGGCUUUUGCCUUACAAGAACGCCAUCACGAAUCAGCUCUUCAUAUCGGCAAGCAUUGGCAUGUACCUACACUUCCCAGGGGAUACAAAUUGCUCGCCUUUUCUCUCGCAGUACGAUAAGGUCAAAGACAGGAACGACAGGAAGGCGAACGACAAGCUCCUCCGCGCGCAAGAGCAUGGCGACCAGUGCGACGAGAGCAUCAAGGGUGACAGCUCGUACGAUCCUAUCUACCUGGCUAACGCGAUGAACGGCUACGAGUGGCUGAAGAACAGCGGUAUGACGAAUAAACAAGGCCUUUACGUUGAUGGAUUUCACAUUGCCGGCUACCGUACGAACCACAGCAAGACAGAGUGCGAUGAACGCAACGACAUGGUGUAUACGUACAACCAAGGCGUCGUUCUCUCUGGUCUAAGAGGUCUCUGGGAAGCAACCGGCAAGCAGACCUACCUUGAAGACGGACACGAGCUUGUGCGCAACGUCAUUCGCGCCACUGGCUGGACUGAUGGACACGCCUUUGCUCCUGCCUCUACUCAACCCGAGAAGCCUGACAAGAUUCCCGAAUCACAGCAAGACAUCCUAUCCAGCUGGGCUGGUCUCGGUUCAAAUGGCGUUUUGGCUGAAGCGUGCGACCCGUCUGGUACGUGUAACCAGAACGGCCAGACAUUCAAGGGCAUUUUCUUCCACCACCUCACAACUUUUUGCGCCCCUUUGCCAUCUGUACCGGUUCGUCCGGGCAGGACGUAUGCAGCAAGUCGUGAGACACGUGUUCUGCAUGCUAGAAGCUGCAAAGAGUAUACGAAGUGGGUGGUACUCAACGCAAAAGCAGCGCUGCAGACGAGGAACGAGCAAGGCCGGUUUGGCAGUUGGUGGGGCGCGGAUGUACACAGUGACAAGAUACUGAAGGUGAAACGAGAAGCAAAUGCCACGGAUUAUAGGAACAAGCCAGACGAGUACAUGGCGCAAUUCGAGGAGGUGGUCUACAUGUUAGACGACGCAGAGGACGAUGAAGAGCGCUUGGCGGGCCACGACAUGACUGGAGACAAGGACGAGGACGCAGAUUCGAGCAGUUCCCGCAAUUUGAACGAUCGUGGACGAGGCCGAACAGUUGAGACGCAAGGCAGUGGCAUCGCUGUGGUCAGGGCGAUGCUGGAGUUUUCCAAGCUGGCUGAAAGUGAUGGAAGUUUCGUUCCGUGAGUUUUGAUGUGCCUUCUGUGCCAUAAUUGCAUACGCAUUAUUGUAUCGACACAAACCACAACACUUUACUACAAAACAGCUCGACUAAACAUGUGUUCUUAUACGAUAUUGACAAGACGCAGACAUGCAUGGUCUUUUCGUUCUGAAGCAGCGAGCCAGUCGCCAAAAUACUUGGGGCGAGGCCCGAAUGAUGAGAGCGGCAAGCUUACGCUUGAGGGUGUCGCAGUCGGACUCAUUUGGGGCAUUCUUGUGCUUCUGGUAUAGUUGGUCGUUUUGGAGGGCUGCUUCAAGGUUUGAUGGAAGGUCAGCACCUCAAAGCCGUAACACAAAUUUAACUGCAACGAC